UCCUCGCGCCGUGGCCACCGGCUCCGUCUGGGGCUUUCCAGUGGCUGGGCGAGGGCCGGCGCCAGCGGCUGCCCUGCUCCAAAUGGAGCCCCAGGACAAAGCCUCCACCUUGGCAUUUCUCCUGCUGAGCUAUUAAUAAUUAAGCCGCUCACUUAAGGCAAAGUCAAUAAAGUAACUGGGCUGGGAACUGUUUGCAAGAAACACCCCGCUGGAGCCAGCCCGGGUGGAGCUCAGCAUCCCCUCGGCAUCCCUGCCAGUGGGGCCAGGCGCUGGCAGCCACAGAGAUGCCGGGGGCAGCUCAGCCAUGCUCUCGCCGUCAUUUCUGCUGCUCGGAAAGCCCACAGAGCGGAGGCUGAGCUCGGCUGGGGUCGGUGAGGGCGAGCCGUGCCCAGCGUCCGGUUACACUUUCCAUCCAUUAUUCAUCGAGAUGGAAAUCUCAGCUGCAGCGUGGCUCGCUGCCCUCCGCCGGGCCGGGGCAGGAGAGAUGCAGGCGGAGGACGGAGGCCAGCGCCGCGGGAAGGCUUCGUGCACAGCGGGGCGAGACGCCGGAGGGGGCCCGGUAGCGUUUCCGCAUGGUUUUCCUCCGCGAAAUCCCAGGGAGGUGACCACGAUGCUGCACCCCCAUGGGAAGCCCUGGAGGUCCAUGUGCAAGGGACUCAUCCUGGGGACCCUCCUGACCAGCUUCAUGCUGCUGCUCUACUCCUACGCUGUGCCUCCGCUGCAAGUCAGCAUGACAGAGAUCCCCAUCCCCUACUCCUGCUCCUCCUCCCCGGCCCAAGCCAAGGGGCGGGCGGUGGCCAACGGCACACGCAGCCCUUCGGGAGGAGGCUGCCGGCCCAAGCUGGACAUCAUGUUCAUGAAGACGCACAAGACGGCCAGCAGCACCAUCCUCAACAUCCUCUUCCGCUUCGGAGAGAAGCACCGCCUCAAAUUCGCCUUCCCCAAUGGCCGCAACGACUUCUACUACCCCUCCUACUUCGAGCGGAGCCAGGUGCAGCACUACCAGCCAGGCAAGUGCUUCAACAUCAUCUGCAACCACAUGCGCUUCCACUACGAGGAGGUGCGCAAGCUCCUGCCGGCGGACACCACCUUCGUGACGGUGCUGCGGGACCCUGCCUACCUCUUCGAGUCCUCUUUCCACUACUUCGGGCGCGUCAUCCCCCUCACCUGGAAGCUGCCGGGGGAGGACAAGCUGGCUGAGUUCCUGCGGGACCCCUGGCAUUACUACGACCCGAACGGGUUCAACGCGCACUACCUCCAAAACCUCCUCUUCUUUGACUUGGGCUAUGACAACAACAUGAACGCCGACAGCCCGCUGGUGGAGCAGAACAUCCAGGAGAUAGAUCAGCGCUUCCACCUGGUCAUGCUGCUGGAGUAUUUUGACGAGUCCCUGGUGCUGCUGAAGGACCUGCUGUGCUGGCAGCUGGAGGACAUCCUCUACUUCAAGCUCAAUGCUCGCAAGGGCUCCACCGUCUCCCGGCUGACACCUGAGCUCUACGAGAAGGCGACUUCUUGGAACCUCAUCGACGCCAAACUCUACCGUUAUUUUAAUGCCACCUUCUGGCGGAAGGUGGAGGCCUACGGGAGGGAGCGGAUGGCCAAGGAUGUGGCCGAGCUGCAGCAGGAGAAUGAGAAGAUGAAGAGCAUCUGCAUCGAUGGGGGGCACGCUGUGGAUGCCAGCGCCAUCCAGGAGUCCUCCAUGCAGCCGUGGCAGCCGCUCGGGGAGAAGUCCAUCCUGGGCUACAACUUGAAGAAGAAGAUCAACAAGAAGCACCAGAAGCUGUGCCGCAAGAUGCUGACGCCCGAGAUCCAGUACCUGACAGACCUCGGGGUCAACCUGUGGAUCACCAAGCUGUGGAGCUGGGUGCGGGACUUCCUCAAGUGGUAGGAGAAGGUGGGCACCCUGUGGGAGAGCCAGGUGCUCGCGUUUUCCUUCCGUCACCUGUCUUUGGGUUGGGCAUGAGCAGAACCAAAUGGUGGCUCCCGUAGGUGCUCCCAACCCUGGGCACCCAAGAGUGACGGAGGGGACGUGGGGACCCAGCUCAGAGGCCACUGCUGCCAGCAGCAAGGGCUUCAAGGAUUGGGGGUUCGGGGUCUUUCCCAACAGGAUCCACUUCUUCCUUCCACGUGGAAAUGCUGGAGGCAGUAUGGGAAGGACAGGUCCCCGCCGUGCCCUUGUCACAGCAAUAGACAUCCACCACGCGUCACCAGAGGUGCACUGUGGGUCGGGCAGGGUGGGACCCGUGGGGCCAGGUGUGCGCAGGUGUUCUGGAGUUCGCACUGCAUCACCCCCAGCGGGGGCUGCUUUCACCAUCACCUUUCCCUCCAGCCCAGUUCCUGGGGCUCCCCGUCCAAGCCCACCACGCUGCUGGGGCUCCCCCAGCCCAUGGGUGCGUUGAGUGCCACACAUCCUCAGCGCACCCGUGGCUAUUGGUGCCUGUCACACCAUCAGCCCAGACCCAGAAAGCCCCAGCAGGUUUCUAAGCAUCAUCCACGCGUGAAUUUGCAGAGCAAAAAAAAACCACCCCAAAGCCCCAGCCUGUGCCAGCGGUGGUCCCCAGCACGUCCAUGCAGCACCCCAUGGCAGCAGGUCCCCCCCAGCCCCCUGCUGUCCCAGUUAGAGGGCCCUGUGGUGCCAGCCCCCACCGGGGACAUCCCGGGAGGACCACGGGGUCUGGUGAGAACUGGUGUGCGGAGCAGGUGCAGAGCAGGGUCCCAGGGGUGCCAGCCCUGGGUGCAAGUGGGACGUGGGGACAAC